CCGCCCCGGCCUCGCCGGCCGCCGCCAUCCGCCGCCCCGGCUGUGAAUGAAAGGCAGGCGCCGCCGGGGGCUGGCUGCAGGCGACACGGCGACGCGGCCUCCCGGGAGGCGCUCGCCCCGCGGAGAUGUACGGUGUGUGUGGCUGCUGUGGCGCCCUACGCCCCAGGUACAAAAGGCUGGUUGACAACAUCUUCCCUGAGGAUCCCGAGGAUGGCCUGGUGAAGACCAACAUGGAGAAGCUGACCUUCUAUGCCCUCUCAGCUCCAGAAAAGCUAGAUCGUAUUGGCGCCUACCUGUCCGAAAGGCUCAUCCGUGACGUGGGUCGGCAUCGGUAUGGGUACGUGUGCAUCGCCAUGGAGGCGCUGGACCAGCUGCUCAUGGCCUGCCACUGCCAGAGCAUCAACCUCUUUGUGGAGAGUUUCCUCAAGAUGGUGGCCAAGCUGCUGGAGUCAGAGAAGCCCAACCUGCAGAUCCUCGGCACCAACUCGGUCACAACUGCUCUCCUGUUCUAUUUUGUGAAGUUCGCCAACAUUGAGGAGGACACCCCAUCCUACCAUCGGAGCUAUGACUUCUUUGUGUCCCGCUUCAGUGAAAUGUGCCACUCUGGCCACGAUGACUUGGAAAUCAAGACUAAAAUCCGAAUGUCGGGCAUCAAAGGUCUGCAGGGGGUGGUGAGGAAGACGGUGAAUGACGAACUGCAGGCCAAUAUCUGGGACCCGCAGCACAUGGACAAGAUCGUCCCAUCACUGCUUUUCAACUUGCAGCACGUGGAGGAGGCAGAGAGCCGCUCUCCCUCACCCCUCCAAGCGCCAGAGAAGGAAAAGGAGAACCCAGCAGAGCUGGCUGAGAGGUGCCUUCGGGAACUGCUGGGCCGGGCUGCCUUUGGCAACAUCAAAAACGCCAUCAAGCCUGUUCUCAUCCAUCUGGAUAACCAUUCUCUCUGGGAACCCAAGGUGUUCGCCAUCCGCUGCUUUAAGAUCAUCAUGUACUCAAUUCAGCCGCAGCACUCCCACCUGGUUAUCCAGCAGCUCCUGAGCCACCUGGACGCCAACAGCCGCAGUGCGGCCACGGUGCGGGCGGGCAUCGUGGAGGUCCUGUCGGAAGCUGCCGUCAUCGCCGCCACCGGCUCUGUGGGGCCCACGGUGCUGGAGAUGUUCAACACCCUGCUGAGGCAGCUGCGGCUCAGCAUCGACUACGCCCUGACCGGGAGCUACGACGGGGCCAUCAGCCUGGGCACCAAGAUCAUCAAGGAGCACGAAGAGCGCAUGUUCCAGGAGGCCGUCAUCAAGACCAUAGGCUCCUUUGCCAGCACAUUGCCCAUUUAUCAGCGCUCAGAGGUGAUACUCUUCAUCAUGAGCAAGGUGCCACUGCCUUCCCUGCAUCACCCCAUGGAGACGGGGAGGACGGGGGAGAAUAGGAACCGGCUGACCCAGAUUAUGCUGCUGAAGUCCCUCCUGCAGGUAUCUACAGGUUUCCAGUGCAACAACAUGAUGUCAGCCCUGCCCAGCAACUUCCUUGACCGCCUUCUCUCCACCGCCCUCAUGGAGGAUGCAGAGAUCCGUCUCUUCGUUCUAGAGAUUCUCAUCAGUUUCAUUGAUCGUCAUGGCAACCGCCACAAGUUCUCUACCAUCAGUACCCUCAGUGACAUCUCUGUCCUGAAGCUGAAAGUGGACAAGUGCUCCCGACAGGACACCGUCUUCAUGAAGAAGCACUCCCAGCAGCUCUACAGACACAUCUACCUGAGCUGUAAGGAGGAAACGAACAUGCAGAAGCACUAUGAGGCGCUCUACGGCUUGCUGGCGCUCAUCAGCAUCGAGCUGGCCAACGAGGAGGUGGUGGUGGACCUGAUCCGCCUGGUGCUGGCUGUUCAGGACGUGGCCCAGGUCAAUGAAGAGAACUUGCCUGUGUAUAACCGCUGUGCCCUCUACGCUCUGGGCGCGGCCUACCUGAACCUCAUCAGCCAGCUCACGACAGUGCCUGCCUUCUGCCAGCACAUCCGUGAGGUGAUAGAGACCAGGAAGAAAGAGGCUCCGUACCUGCUCCCCGAGGACGUGUUUGUGGAGAGGCCCAGGCUGUCUCAAAAUCUCGAUGGAGUGGAAAUUGAGUUCCUCUUCCGCCAGAGCAAGAUCAGUGAAGUCCUGGGGGGCAGUGGGUACAAUUCAGACAGGCUCUGCCUGCCCUACAUCCCUCAGCUGACAGAUGAGGACCGCUUAUCCAAGAGGAAGAGCAUUGGAGAAACCAUUUCCCUGCAGGUGGAGGUGGAAUCUAGGAACAGCCCAGAGAAGGAGGAGCGAGUACCUGCCGAGGAGAUCACCUAUGAGACGCUGAAGAAGGCCAUUGUGGACAGUGUGGCAGUUGAGGAGCAGGAGCGUGAGCGGCGGCGACAGGUGGUGGAGAAGUUCCAGAAGGCACCCUUUGAGGAGAUUGCAGCUCACUGCGGGGCUCGGGCAUCACUGCUGCAGAGCAAACUCAAUCAGAUCUUUGAAAUAACCAUCCGGCCCCCCCCAAGCCCAUCAGGAACCAUCACCGCAGCCUACGGCCAGCCCCAGAACCACUCCAUUCCUGUCUACGAGAUGAAGUUUCCCGAUCUGUGCGUAUACUGAAUUCCAAGACACAGAGCUCCUCAGAGGGGUGGGACCUGAGGGAGGGGCUCACCCUCACACCCACCCCUACGACAUGGAAAUCUAACUGGGAUCUCAGAGAAAAAGCACGUUGGAUGGCAGCACCUCCCCAGCUAAGCAAGGUGGAGCCUCGGGCCCCCCAGUCAGCCCUCUCGCUACUUCCUUGUCUUCCCUGAGGGAGAGCCAGCCACCUACCCCUCUAGGGCCAAUAAGCAUCUCAUCUGCACCCUUUGUCUCCUCCUUUGUGUCAGCCAGAGAAUCUUAGGGGGUCUCCAGAGAGAGGCUGAGGUCCCAAGAAGCUCCCGCUUGGUGUAGCAAGUGAAGGGCUUUCCUGGGGAUGAGACUAGGGGGGCGCCGCUGCCAUUCCCCCAGGAGGGGACUAGACAGAGACACAGUUGGUCAAAGGAAGCUGUAGACUGCAAUCAGGAGGAAGUGGGGCAAGCUCCUCUUGUAAAGCCAUGGCAUGUGAGAGCUGGAAGAUGGGAUGGCUGCUCUCCUCCAAGCAUCCCCUCCCUCCUUCCCCACUGGAGGAUCCAAAGGCCCUUAAGUGUCUGGUGUCUCCUCCACUCUCCUGCUCACCCUGCCGGUUGUCUCUUUGUGAUUCUUUCUAUUAUUAAUUAAUGUUGAGCCCUUAAUACAGGAGGUGGGAUAGAGACACCACGGGGGACAGCAAAGGAUGAAAUGAAGGGCGAGCAGGCUGGCGAUAGAGGGGCUGGCUCUCCCCAGGCCGGGGGCUGGGCGUCUGGGCCAGGGAGCAUCAGUGUGGGCCUGCCUCCAAUAGAGGAGCAGCAGGCAAGCAAGUCCACGUCCCUUUGUAGCAUCUCGUCACCUUCUCUGUUCAGAGGGAGCUUGUUGGGCCUGCCUAUGAUUCUCUCCCUUCUGGAUGUUUCUCUGAGUUGAAUUCUCUCUCUUUGAUGCUUUUCUUCCUGAGGAUCCCAACUUGUUUCUACAGCCUCUGGGUUGAGGGAGGGCAGCACAAGGUAAUCUGGUUCUAGACGACUCAAAAGGAGGAGGAACUGCAGGGGCCCCAGGCCUGCCUACAUCACUGCAAUGGAAGAGGCUCGGCCAGGUUGGGUUGGGG